UACGUUAACGCGAAAAACGCGGGAUAACGGCCGCACAUGCAGCGCAAUUAUAACGUGAAGAUGAAGUCGGCCAAAAUGCAGUGAAGACAAAGACGUAUGGGAGACGUGACGUGCAGUGUGCGUGUGUGUGUGUGCGCGCGCGCGCGUGUGUGUGUCUCUUUCUCGAGAAUAAACGAAAGAACCAAGUGCUAUAUUAGCGUGGAAAAACAGUGAAAGUGAUACUUAUACAGUUCAUUCAUCGAGUUCGACGACACACAACCAAUGCGGUACGAUGGAAAGACAGACGAUCAAAACAUACAGCCGGAAAGCGCCGAUCACCGAGUACAAACCGUCCUCGGCUCUGGUGCCCAGCUUCCCCAACCCCGUGGAACACCCCCACGUCAGGGAGUCGAGGCUGAACGAUAAGACUCUGGUGGUGGACGUCUUCGAGGACACCUUUGACCGGAUUGCCACGGGAGUCGUUGUAAAGUCUCCGAAAAAGUAUGCCAGUCCACACAGCAGUGACACCAAUGACAGCGACAACAGCAGCGAUGACUAUUUCAAAAGACCAACUAGAGCUGAAGAGGAGACAGAGAGAAAACGGGUGAGCGAUGAGUUUUGGGAGCAGGAAAAUCAGCAAUUCGAGAAAGACUCUGCAAAAACCAGGCAACGGAACAAGAAGGGUGCUACGAGCAAAAAAGCCGGAGUUAAGAGGAAGAAAUUCAUAAGCAAGAGUAGUGACGAGGAAGAUGAUUCCACAGCGAAUAAACAGUAUGCCAAGGUUACUAAAUUUAAGGAGCCCAAGCAGCAGAUUAGAAAGGUCGUUAAAAGAAAUAAGAAAGGUUCUCCUGCUAAGGGAAAAGUACCAGAAAUACAUUUUCCUGGUGAAGAUAAAAAUCUAGCCAAUGCUGAAGAUGGCCAGUUAAAUUCUUCAGUCAUGGUGAAUGACUGCUCCUUAGGUUUCAUCGAUGAGAACGUCCAAAUGUCCAAAGAUAUUUGCAAUGUUAAUCAAAAGAAAUUCCUACAUGAUUUUCCUACGAGUACUCCUAGAGAUCACAAACAGAAAUUGAUUGUGAAUGUACAGAAUUUGUCACCGAUAACGCUAAACAAAGAGCACCUAUCAGUGGCAGAUACUGAAUCAAUAUCAAAAGAAAAGCAUGUUUUAAGAGAGUCUAAUUUGAAUGACAUUUCAUCUCAGAUGACAUCGCUGUCCAAAGAAUCCAAUAAAGUUGUAGAAUCUAAAUCAAUGCAAAUUGAAAAAAAUUCUCAGAGUAACAGUUAUAUACAUACUCCUUCUAAAUUCAUUUCAGAUAGAAAAGAAAGAUCUGAAACAGAAGAUGAAGACCAUGUAGUAGAGGAAAAUAAUGAUGAAAAUAAUUCUAGCAUGUGUGCCUUAUUGCCCGCUAAUGCUAAUGUAGACAGUGAUAGAAAUCUAAAGGAAAAUGAUAAGUUACAAGUAACUAAUGGUAAAACUCAGUUUUUUAAUAGAACACCGACAAGAAGAAACCAAAGAAAUGAUAUUCCAAGUUUUGUUGAAUCCCCUCUACUAUUUGAUGACACAGAACAAAGUCAACAUAUUAAAGGUCGUUCAGUUGCAUCAAGUAAUAUUAGUAAUAUUACAGGAGAGUCAAAUGACGAAUCUUUGAAAAACACCCAUACAAGCAAAAAAAAUUCUUCUGCCUUUAAAAAUCUUUAUGGAGAAUUAGAAAAUACCCAACGUGAACAUUUUAAUGAAUCUUCUUAUUCACCACAUGAGUGGAGUAAUGAUUAUGACUCUUCAUAUGGGGAUUUUACAAAUAAGAACAAAACUAUGGUAAAUAGAACAGAGGAUCCUGAAAGAAGAAACUUAGAAAACAGCCAUAAAGACAAACAGAUUGACACAAAUAAUACAUCUAUGGAUAAGGAAUUAUCGAAAGAAUCCAUACUUAAUGCAAGUGAAAGCUCUCAACGACAAAGCAGUGGUAACAGUGAAUUACAGGAAAUAGAAGAUGUAGCAUCACUAGUUAACACUCUUGAUCCUAAAAAUGAGUCUAUUAAUUCUAUCAUUACCAAUAAAUCAAGCGAUGAUCAAAGAAAGAUUUCAGAAACAGAUAACGUAAUUAGUCAAGAUAUUGAAAAUUCUGUUGAGACAAUUCAUGAAAUUGAUAAUAACUCAAAUAGCUUUGAACUUCACAUAGAAUCUAACACUUCCAGUACAAAAAGUGACUCUCUUAUUUCUGAAAAUCAAGUAUCUUCAAAAAUUCCAAAAGCUACAGAAUCUAUAGAAAUUCAACCAGAAGAACAAAUCACUGAUCAGUGCAGUAAGAUAGAUAACGCAGAUGAACAUGUUGGACAAAAUUCAAUGAACCAUGAAAAUCAAAUCAAUGAAUGUAGCAGACCUACUAUAUCAAGUAGUACAAAUGAAAGGUCUAUUCAAAAUAACGAAGAUGAUGAAAGGCUUAAUGGACAAAAACUUAUAAUACGUCUCACAAAAUUAUCACCUGAUUUUUAUAAGUCAUCACCUGUUUUUCUAACAAAGACUUCAAGAAGAAAACAGCUACAAAUGCAAACUAAAAAUGUGAAGAAAAGCAGAGUUUCCAGAAAAGGAACUAAAAAAACAGUAUCUGAUAAUGAAAACAGUGAUGUCGAAAAGUUAGAUGAAAACCGUGAAAGUAGAUCAUUUGUUUUGUCUGGAAGAGUAACAAAAUCAAAAACUAAUAAGAAAGCGUUAAAAAAAUCAACAAGAACUUCUAGAAAAAAGAAAGAAAGUUAUAAGAGUUAUGCCAUGGAUAUUGUUGAAAAUGGGAUUCUUCAGCACAAUAAAACUGGAUCAGAAGAAAGUGAAGAUAAAUACAAGAAACUUUGUCAACUAUUCAAUAUUAAAGAAUUAUGCGUGCUUUUAUCUAAAUUGCCAGAUUUGGAUAUGGAAAAUAAAUUAUCUGUUUCCAGGAGAAAGAGUACUAAUCCAAUUAUUAAAAGGAAAUCAUCAAGAAAGUCAAAAAGUGUCUACAAACUUGGAGAUGAAGAUAAAAGCGGAAAUGAAAGCAUUAAUAAAACUGUUGAAGAUAGUACUAUUAAUGUAGAUGCUGAGAGGAAUAAUUCAAUCAAGAUCAAUAAAUAUAUUGAUGGUAUUGAUCAAGAGACAUUAACAUUAAAUGAGCAAAGAAAUCCUGAAAAUAGAAAUGAAAUUAAUGCAAGUUUCAAUGGUGAGGAACUGUGUGAUAUUCUUUCAAAAUUAAAUGAUCCAGUAAAAAUAACAAUCAGGAGAAACCCAUACAAGAGGUUGGAUAGACCUUUAGCAGCUAUAACGGAGCAUCUUGUAGAGCAGCCUUCUCGUAUUGACGAAGAAGAAGAAGAAGAAGAAGAAGAAGAAAAUGGAAACAAAGAAGAAAAUAAUAUUGAAACAAGAAAAACUGAUAAAAAUCUGGUUACUAAUUCUUCUAUAGAAGAGUCUGAUACCAACAAAUUAGCAGAUGAUCAAACGCACCCUAUUUUCUUAAAACCUGGGAAAUCUUGGGCAAGAUCUUUAUCAAUAAUAAAUCACUUCCAUACUGGGCAAAAUUUGGAUCAGUUAGCAGUUGGUCGAGGAAAAAGCUGGAGGCACAGUGUUCAGACUAUUCUCAAUAUGCAAUCGGAAGCAAAUGCUCAAGCUGUUGCAAGAAACAACUCUGAAGAUAAAGAUGAGCAUUCACAGUCCUUCAACAUGCCAGUUGUUCCACCACGGGUAUCGAAUAGAGUUUCUACAAUUGUCACUAGUCCGUCUCGAUUCUCACGUUUUUCGAUACGUAUUAUACCAGACGGAAAAAGAUCUACUCUCACUGAUGAUUUUACCCAUUCACGGGGAAGUAGUAAUAUAUCCGACAGGACACGGAAAACUUCGUUGGCAAGAAAGACUUCACUAAAAAUUCGAAGAGAAACCUUGAUCGAAACUGAAGAGGAUCUGAUUAGGUCUGCAAAAGAUAUUAUAUUGAAACGUUGUAAACAAACAUCUUACUUGCAGUUCAGCGAUUGCUUUCCAGACUCUUACAUUGAAAAUUGCCGAAAAAUUGGGGAAGGAGUAUAUGGUGAAGUUUUUCUUUAUCAAAAUAAAACCGAGAAGUCUGUUAUUAAAAUCAUACCAAUCGAAGGUGACGAAUUAGUAAAUUGUGAACGGCAGAAAAAGUUUCACGAAAUUCUCUCCGAAAUUAUUAUUUCUGAAGAAUUGCAUAAACUUCGAUUUGGAAGUGACUUUAACACAAAUGGUUUUGUCGGCGUAAACAGAAUUAUGUGCGUUAUUGGAAAAUAUCCGGAAAAAUUAAUCGACCUCUGGAAUGCAUAUGAUCAAGAAAAAAAUUCCGAAAAUGACUGCCCAACCAUGUUUUAUGACGAUCAGUUAUACAUAAUACUUGAACUUGCUCACGGAGGGCAAGAUCUAGAAGCUUAUGUAUUUCAAAAUGCCUCAGAAUCUUAUUCUAUAUUUUUGCAGACUGCUUUUACUUUGGCUGUGGCUGAACAAGCCCUGGAAUUCGAACAUCGUGAUUUACACUGGGGAAAUAUAUUAAUUUCAAAAAGUGACGACAACGAAUCGACUUACAAACUCGGAUCUGAAGAAAUAUCACUUCCUACAAAGGGGGUCAAAGUUUCUGUCAUCGAUUUCACGUUAUCUAGAAUGUCGUACCAAAGUUGUAAAAUUUUUAACGAUCUAGCAGCCGAUCCUACGCUAUUCACUGCGCAAGGAGAAUAUCAAUUCGAUAUUUAUAGGAUGAUGAGGGACAAUGUCAAUAAUGACUGGCAACAAUUCAAUCCUUACACCAAUGUUUUGUGGCUGGACUAUACACUUGACAAAAUGAUAACUGCGGCGAGAUAUAAAAGAAAAACUUCUAAAAUUCAUAAGAGUGCCAUUGAAGGGAUGAAAAUGUUGAGAAAAGAGGUUUUGAAUUACAAAAGUGCCUUUGAGUUUGUAAGUAAAUGCGAAAUAAUCACUAACGCAGCAAAAACGUGAACAGCAACUGUUAAGUGCAAUUGUGCGCCUAUUACACAGUUUAGUGAUAAUAGUAAAAGUAGUUGACUUUACAAAAUUCUAAAAAUUGUUGACUUACAAAAAUUUUAAAUUAGAUUUUUCUAUUAGCUGUAUCUGUAAGUCUAAUUUUCUUUGUAUGAAAUACUUUAAGGAUAUUUAUCAGUAUUGUAUACGUUUAGGUAAAAUAUAUAUUAUAAAUAUAAUGUAUAAUUAAGUUUGUAUGUAUGUACAUACUGAACGUAUUUUUUACUAUAUAUUUUAUACAAUUUUAUUAUAAGUUUUAAACGGAUUGAUAUUUUUAAAUUACAAUUGUGAAAGCAGUGAGAUUAAACGUUGAAUAAAAAUUUUAAUUUAAAAAA